AUCCAGUGAAGAGUGUGAGCAAGAGAGAGAGAGAGAGCCAAGCAUGCUACUACUAUACUAGUGUUAUGCAUAUCCCUCGGUAAUAGAUCAACGGUUGAGAUCGAAUUCCACCCCUUGAUCCAACGGUGGAAAGGUAACCGCGUUCACGAAGCCAACCCAUGAAUCCAUCAUCAUCUUCUUAGACCCUUACACAACCCUGACCUCUCUCAAAAUCCAGAUUCAACCCUUCUCUCUCUCUCACUUACAAGCGUAAUCAACGAACUUGCCUUGCCUUGCCUUGCCUCUUUCUGUUUUUUAUUUUUUAUUUUUUCGUAUUUUCGGUAUUAGAAAAGGAAAUAAUAACGAGAGAGCUCUAGAGGCGCUUGCGUAACGGUAAUUGCGAAAGAAGAUGCAACCAACAUCGAACGGCUCUGACUCGAAAGCGACGGAGCAGCGGACGCCGCCGCCUCAGCCAGUGGCCGUGCCGCCGCAGUGGAUGCCGAUGCAAUACCCGGCGGCGGCGAUGGUAAUGCAGCACCACAUGAUGCCGCCUCAGCAUUACGCGCCGCCGCAGCCCUACAUGGCCUACCACCAGUACCAGCAGCAGGUGCCGCAAGCGCACCACCUGGGAUCCAGCGCCGAGAACAAGACCGUUUGGGUCGGCGAUUUGCAUCACUGGAUGGACGAAAAUUAUCUCCACCGCUGUUUUGCUUCCACCGGCGAGAUUUCCUCCAUUAAGGUUAUUCGCAAUAAGCAGACUGGUCUAUCAGAGGGUUAUGGAUUUGUGGAAUUCUAUUCACAUGGCACAGCUGAUAAAGUUUUGCAGAAUUAUGCUGGGAUAUUGAUGCCUAACACCGAGCAACCGUUCCGCCUGAACUGGGCAACAUUUAGCACAGGAGACAAGCGUUCAGAUAAUGUUCCUGAUCUUUCUAUUUUUGUAGGAGAUUUAGCUGCAGAUGUUACAGAUAGCAUGUUGCAUGAAACUUUUACUAAUAGAUACCCAUCUGUUAAAGCUGCAAAAGUUGUUUUUGAUGCCAAUACUGGCCGUUCAAAGGGUUAUGGUUUCGUCAGGUUUGGAGACGAUAAUGAGAGGUCUCAGGCUAUGACUGAAAUGAAUGGUGUUUACUGUUCUAGCAGACCUAUGCGUAUUGGUGCUGCAACUCCUAGGAAAACGUCUGGCUAUCAACAAGGAAGUCAGUCAAAUGGCACAUCCAGCCAAUCUGAAGCUGAUUCUACAAACACAACUAUAUUUGUUGGAGGACUUGACCCUAAUGUUACAGCUGAAGAUCUUAAGCAACCAUUCUCCCAGUAUGGUGAGAUAGUCUCUGUCAAAAUACCUGUUGGAAAAGGAUGUGGUUUUGUACAAUUUGCAAACAGAAAUAAUGCUGAAGAGGCAUUGCAGAAGCUAAAUGGGACAACGAUUGGCAAGCAAAUGGUUCGUCUUUCAUGGGGCCGCAGUCCAGCAAAUAAGCAGUUUAGAGCAGAUUUUGGCAAUGCUUGGAGUGGGGCGUAUUAUGGAGGGCCUGUUUAUGAUGGUUAUGGAUAUGCUUUGCCACCACCUUAUGACCCAAGCAUAUAUGCUGCUGCUGCUUAUGGGGCUUACCCUAUUUAUGGAGGAUACCAACAGCAAGUAAGCUGAGUGCAGGAGUAGCACUCACAAGUCAAAACAACAGAUCGUGCUUGAACUAGCAAAUUAACUUGUAACUUGCUUGGUCUGUUGAAUUCUGAAGAAUCCCUCCUAAUUGUGGAGUGGAGUUGAAUUUUGAUAACCUGAGGUAGCACUGUAGGAAUUCAAUUAAUCAUUCGUUUAGACUCCUAGGAGUAAUCAGAAUUUAAACUUGUUUGUUGGAAUAAUUUAAAUAUGCUUAAGUUUGCCCUCUUGCUUGCAUUUUAAUUGUUUUUGGCGCUUCACAUUGUAACCUUCAUUUUUACGGCUUGUUUGGUUGGAGGAGAGGGAGGAGAAACAGAAGAAGAUGGAACUAAUUAAAUGUAUUUGGUAUAUAGAAUUAGGAAGGAGAGAAUUAAAAAGUUAGUGAAUCCCACAUAUAUUUCUUUACUUUAUUUCUGACA